AUGGCAGCCGCAAGGUCCGUGCCAACGCCUGUGCCAGGCACCGCGCUAUCUAUGAUGCGGGCGCAGGCGGCUGACGUGGCUCAAGGCGCAGGCAUCGAUAUUAGCGACGCGCACAUUGAUCAGUUUCUUCGGUCCCUCUCCCAGGACCGAUUCGAGAAGCACAAGGCACAGCAUGGCCUGCGUUUCCCUCUGCGCUUUGGUUCAUGGGCCGAGGAAUGCAAUUUCCUAUGUGUGCUUUCGCUCUUGAACGCCUUCUCGGGAUACCGUGUGGACUUUCAUAAGGUGACGGGUCAUGGAUCGUAUGAUAAUGUGCGACGCUGCGUGAUGGGUCUGUAUCUAUCGUCCGACGAUGGGACAAGCCUGCAGGCAGAUGCUCUUGCGCGUGUCAGUACUACGGAGCUUGCUCAGAUUCUCGGCGUGCCUACACACACCGAGGAAGCUCACCCAUCCUUGCCGUUUGUCACAGUGGGCACCGUAGGCGGGCCCUUGGAAGAGCCCCUAGCGAUAGCCGCCUCGCUUUGCAAGGAAGCCGGCACGUACUUGCAACAACGUGGCUACAAGGACUUUGCGAGCUAUCUGCUCGACGUAUGCAAAGAUGCUCUUACGCAUGACAAUGUGGACACAUAUGUCUUAGAAGGCAUUGCCCGUAUCCCUGGCUUUGAUGAUGCGACGAUCGUGGACGAUGAGCCGUUGUAUAUGUACAAAAAAGCACUGUUCCUCCUACAUGCGCUACAAGGCCUGAUCAUGGCAUCGGCACACGAUGUGCCGUCAAUCAUCCAGGCUAUGACACAGCACUGGGCCACGCACCCUAAGGCGCCAUUGCCCCUGUUUGUGGACAACGUCUUGCCUACGAUGCUCACGGCCGUAGGCAUUUUGCAAUUGGCACAUAGCAACAUUGUGCCGCUCCAGACAUGGCAUCCUGAGCCAGUGCCAGGGGGCGACAAGGACGUGGCUGGGCCUACCCUUUCUCAGGAGGACGCCUACCGCAUUAGGGCUGCCGCGUUGUCUGCAGGGGAUCGCAUCGUUCGUCGUGCGCAUCAAUUGGCGCAUGAAGAGACAGCAUUGGCAUGGAUGGCGACGAUGACAGAGAGCGACCUGGACGCGUAUUUGUGGUCGUAUGCCAAAGAUCCAUCCCUACGUAGUAUUCCUCGUCUUUCCGAGCGUCAUACAGGUAUGUACUAA